AUGGCUUUGGUGGUGUCAGGUGGCAAAGCAGCCACGAUGCCACUUCUUCGCGCCAAUGCUCUUCCUCUAAGUAUCAACACCAAAACAAGAGUCCGAACUGCAUCCACAUUUCCGCUAUUCUCACCCACUCUUUCGAGGUCCCUCUCCAUCCGCUUCAAGCUCUCGCCGCCUGCUUCCCGGUCUCUCACUGUGGUAUCUUCUGUUUUGUCAGAGGACAGAGCUACCGGUGUUAGUGGCUCUGGGACAGAUGCAUUCAAGCUGACAUACUUGGAGGGAAAUAGCUGGCUAUGGGAAACAAGCGGACUGAAAAUCCUGGUUGAUCCGAUCCUUGUGGGUAAUUUGGAUUUUGGAAUCCCAUGGCUCUAUGAUGCUGCCAAAAGAUUUUUAAAAGGCUUUAAGCUUGAUGAUCUCCCUGAAGUUGAUUGCUUGCUCAUAACUCAAAGCCUUGAUGAUCAUUGUCAUCUGAAUACCCUUAGACCACUAUCUGAGAAAUCUCCAGGCAUUAAGGUUAUUGCAACUCUAAAUGCUAAGCCUUUGCUGGAUCCUCUUUUUCGAAACGUUACUUAUCUGGAACCUGGAGAAAGCUACGAGCUAAAUACAAGAAACGGUUCUCAGGUUCGAGUUAAAGCCACACCAGGACCUGUUCUCGGUCCACCAUGGCAACGCCCUGAAAACGGGUAUAUCGUUGUAUCCCCUGAAGAUCAGAUAUCACUCUACUACGAACCGCAUUGUGUAUACAACAUGGAACUUUUGAAAAAUGAAAGAGCCGACAUUGUAAUCACACCGGUCAUCAAACAACUUCUCCCACGGUUCACUCUGGUUUCUGGCCAAGAAGACGCAGUCCAGCUCGCGAAACUCUUGAAAGCCAAGUUUGUUGUACCGAUGCAAAAUGGCGAUCUUGAUGCAAAGGGAAUUUUAGCAAGCAUAAUAAAGAAAGAAGGAACAAUUGAAUCAUUUAAGGAAUUAUUGUCAAGGGAGGUCCCAAAAGCUCAAGUGUUGGAACCCGUAGCAGGCGUGCCGCUAGAGAUCUUUGCUCCAUCUUCAGACAUUUAG